AUGACUGGACCAACAACACCUGGGCAAGAGGGCCCCUCUUUCGCACCCCCUCCAUUACCUGAAGGCUGGAUAGCUCAGUGGGAUGGAAACUCAAAAAAAUAUUACUUCGUUCAAUUAUCGACUAGAGUUACUCAAUGGGAAAUACCCACACAUUCUGCACAUCUAGAAAGUAAUAUGCAGACGAAAAAUAUGGAGAUCUCACAAUCUCAUGCCCGGCCCACAUCGGGGCAAUAUCUCGAUGAGGGUAAGCCACAUGAAAGCAGCCAAACUCGGGCACAGGAAGAACCGGGAGAGACAAAUGAUCGAAGCCUGAAAGGGAAUAUAGGGAAAUUCGCCAUGAAUCAACUCCUUAAUGGAGGAAGCAAGAAGACAAAUAAUUCCAGCAACAGUGGUGGAUUAGGGGCAUUGGCAGGUCAAUUUCUGGGCGGGUCAUCUCACAGUGCAACUCAGAAACCAAACAAUAGCGGGGGUGGCUUAGGGGCUCUAGCAGGCCAAUUUCUGGGCGGGUCAUCUCACAGUGCAACUCAGAAACCAAACAAUAGCGGGGGUGGCUUAGGGGCUCUAGCAGGCCAAUUUCUGGGUGGAUCAUCCCACAGCGCAAGUAGCAACAGCGGAACUCAUCAAUCUAACAAUAGUGGAGGCGGCAUAGGGGCUCUAGCAGGCCAAUUUUUGGGUGGUGGGAAGAAACCAACAAAGAGUAAUCACGAUGCUUCUCACUCUCACCAACAUUCCCAAUCCUAUCAACCACCUCACGGCAAUCAACCACCUCACGGCAAUCAAUCACCUCAUGGUCAUCAAUCAUCUCAAAGUAGCCACGGCGGUCUACUAGGUACAGUAGAUCUAUCCAAGCAUUCUAAUAAUGGAUUCGGGUAUUCACAAAGCGGAACCCCUCAUGGACCCUAUUCUGGUUCUGCACCACAAAAUCCUUAUCAGCACGGUCAAAGCUCAACCAGUCAUUUCCAUAACCCAACCGGCUCAUUCCCGGAUCCAAAUAACCAUCAAAACCACCAAUACAAUCAAAACCAGCACAACACAGGUCAACAACACAAUCCACCGCAUAGCUCUGGUCAAUCUUAUGGUAUACCCAGCCCAGGCAACGAUCAACAUUUCGGAAAACAACAUACAAGCUACGGGCAACAGCACCAUCCAUAUAACGAAAAUGGUCCUCCACCGUACCAGGCAACACAAGGACAACAGACUUCUGGGCAUGGAUACGGGUCCCCCCAAUAUUCUGAAUAUGCAUCAACCAAUGGGAAUCAUUCGUCAGGCCACAGUGGUCCAUACAUGAAUACGACCACGCGCCCAGAUCAACAUCUACAUCAGCAUCAAAACCACCAACAAGGAUCAUAA